AUGGCACUUCUCCGCUCGCUUCCUGCGUUUCGCAAAGGGGGCGCAUCGGCACUUCGACUUCAAACGUGGCACAGCAGACCUGCAGCGCCAUUACUUCAAAGACGGCACCUGGGACUUGUGGGACCACAAUUACCAGGUCCGCCGGAUGAACCUGAAGACGAGCCUCCCGGGAAGAAAUCUGGCAAAAGUAAUGGCGAUGAUGGCUUCUCCUGGAAACCUACCAUGUUCCGGAUGGCUGAGUCUGCAUUGACCACUUUCGCUUCAGUCGCGAUCCUGGGUAUGGUUGGUGUUGGCUAUACCAUUUGGUACAAGCGACAUAUCAUAGAGAAGAUGGAGAAUGCAUUCAACCCUGGCGACCCGGUGCUAGACUUGGCCGCGACUAGUAAGCAGGGCUCUGCUACCGGCGGAACCAUCCUACUCGACGAGGAGAAGCACCGCGAGCAUUGGGUAUUGCGUGAAGAGCAAAGCCUCAUUGAUGAUAUCGUUGCUGGAAGAGCUAGGGGCCAGUAUCAUCUUCUGGUCGGCGAAAAGGGAACUGGAAAGUCUAGUAUGCUGAUUGACGCCAUGGCCAAAGUGGAUGGCGAGGGCUGUGCCAUGUUUGACGCUCACKCCAAUCCCGAGAUCUUUCGCAUUCGAUUAGGAAAGGCAUUGGACUUUGAAUUUCAUGAAGACAACAUCGGCUCUCUGUUUUCCAUCCGUGGACCUCGUGAUGCAGGCGCAUUACUCGAUGUUGAACGAGCAUUCAACAAGUUGGAGAAGGUUGCGAUGAAGCGUCGCGAGAAGCUUGGAAGACCGCUCAUUAUCAUUCUGAACUCCAUGCACCUCCUCCGCGACGACGACGACGGGAAAGAUCUGUUGGAACUGGUACAGCAGCGGGCAGAACAAUGGGCGGCAAGCAACCUCGCUACCGUCAUCUUCAACUCCGACGACUACUGGAUCUACGAGCGUCUAAAGCAAUACGCUACCCGGAUGAAUGUGAUCCGCAUCCUCGACCUCAACAAGGAGAAGUCCAUCGCUGCUUUGCUCAACUACCGCAACAAAUACAGGGGGGACAGUCCUCCCAAGUCACUUUUGGAACAAGUCUACGAUAAAGUUGGCGGUCGUAUGUCUUAUCUGAAUAAGGUCGCAAAGUCGAACGACAUGCUCAAAACCGCAGAGGAUAUCUGCAGGUCAGAGAAGACGUGGUUUUUGAACCAGUGCUGGAUCCUUGGGGCCGAAAUGGACGACGACGUGAUGGAUCAGCAGAAGUAUGCGAGUGCUGCGAUGGUUCUGGCAAGGGCUCUCGUGAACCUGGAGAAGGAAAUGGACUCGACGUAUGAUCCUGAGCAAGGACACAUUCUGCCUGAGAUUGCACUGCACAAGUCCAGGCAGAUUAUGACGAGAGCAGAUUUCAUAAGGAGCUACGACGCCAUCAACAUUUUCGCCAUUGACAGCAAUGCCAAAGUCCGGGCGGAUUCCGUACCUAUGAUGAAUGCGUUCAGGGAGAUCUGCGCCGAGGAAGGAUUCGACGAUUAUCUGGAAGCCACGCUGGAUCGCAUCAGUGACAUUGAGUCCUUGGGCCGUACAAGGGAGCUGACAAUCAAGGAUCUGUGGAAUAAUGGAAAGUACAGGGUCAAGACGGAGAACUUCAAGGGGCAGGCGACGGGAGGCCUGACGUUUGAGGUUGAAAAGCCGCCGGAGGAAGAGGAGAGUGAAAGUUAG